AUGCAACUUGAUUUCUUUGGAAACCGAAAGGAUGCAACUAGAACUGACGUGCCGUGUUGGGAUUGGACAUGAGCAGCCUUUAUAUGCAGCGGACUGAUGCAGCAACCCCUGUUUCAGAGGAUCACAUGGCACCCUUCACUAUCAUGACUGAGCAACCAACCCAGGAAAAAUGAGUCAGAAGACAAAGAAAAAGGCUCGGUCUUCCUUUGGGGCCACAGCACCGCCCUUCAUUGACUACCUGAAAGAUAUUCUGCGUCGAUAUCCAGAUGGUGGACAAAUUUUGAAGGAGCUAAUUCAAAAUGCAGAUGAUGCUCAAGCCACAGACGUGGUUUUCAUCCAUGAUGAGAGAAGCUAUGGGACUGAGAGCCUCUGGACUGAUGAACUGGGAAAAUACCAAGGUCCUGCUCUCUAUGCCUACAACAAUGCAGCAUUCACUGAAGAUGACUGGGAAGGAAUUCAGAGGGCAGGACGGAGCGUCAAGCGCAACGACCCAAACAAAGUCGGGAGAUUCGGAAUCGGCUUCAACUCUAUCUACCACACAACAGAUGUGCCAAGCAUAUUCAGUUCAGGGCACCUUGGCGUGAUGGACCCUCAAGAAAAAAUAUUUGGAGAAAGAAGUGGAGGGUUUCGAUGGUCUUUGGAUGAUGCUGAACACCAAGAAGCUUUGAUGAAUAUGCAUGAUCAGUUCCAGCCCUUUCGAGAUAUAGUUUCACUUGUGAGCAGGCAGGAAUGGUCGAAAGUUGUUCUGGAGGAUCAGCACUUUGAAGGGACGAUUUUCAGAUUCCCUCUACGCAAUGAGGCAUCAGAAAUUUCAGAUAACCUUUACGACUCCAAUAAGGUGGUUGAGCUUUUUGAUAGUUUCAUUGCUGAUGCAGACUUGAGUCUCCUUUUCUUGAAAAAUGUGACCUCUGUGUCCUUGAUACACAUAAAUGUCGAUGGUGCUAUUAACACCAGACUUGAAGUGAAAUCCUCAGUCCCCACAGAAGUUGUUUUGGAGACAGAAGAUGAGUCAAUCGUGGAGGGUUCAACAAGGUUCAAACUGAUAACUCUCAGUUCAGAAAGCCACAAAGCAACCAAGUGGCUCCUGACGACAUGUACAAUGAAAGAAGGGAACAUAGAGGAUCUUGAUGUCCUCGCAAAAAAGUUGAGCUUUUUACCUCAGGUUGACUUGGCAUUCCCUUGUGGAGAGAAGAGAGACAGUAGUGACAGUAGAUUGAGCUGCUUUCUCCCCCUCCCAAACAAUGAAUCCAACAAGACAGGACUCCCAGUGUAUGUCAACGCUUGCUUUGGCCUCACAGACAACAGAAGACACAUCAAGUGGCAAGAAGAGGACCAGAAACAUGAUGAACAUGCUUUGUGGAAUGAACUGUUGAUGAAGGAGGUGCUACCACAAGCGUACGUCAUGAUCAUUCAAGAUGCCAUCAAACUUGCCCAAGAAUCUCAUCUCGCCGUCUCUUCUGUGUAUGAUCUGUGGCCAGACAUCGCCCAGGUACAGCACAAAGACAAAUGGUAUGCUGUGGCUCUGGAUGUUCUUCAGCACUUAUUCAGACAAAAUGUGGCUCUUCUCUCUCUCGCCAAAGAUGAAACAAAGUUUAUCCCUCCAUCGGAAGCUGUGUUCCCCUGCAAUGGCCCGACAAGCACUGACAUAUUGUCUGCCAUCAAAAGGACUCUGGUUUCCUGUGGAGAAAAUCUUGUGACUUUACCAGUCAGCGUUGCAAGAGCUAUACAUGAGGCUUAUCCACACUUCGCCACCCUAAAACAUGUGACUCCAACAUUAGUCAGGCGCAUUCUCCACAGGAACGGCGUGCAUGACAUCGCUAAAAAUGACAAACUUUGUCUUUUGGAGUACGUUUUGGGUGAUGGAAAAUACGAAGAGCUCGAGGGUCUUCAGCUGCUUCCACUCAGCGAUGGCUCCUUCAGAUCCUUCACAGACAGAGAGGAAGACACUGCUUUGAUUGACAGCGAGGAAUUUCCAAGAGUCUUGCUGCCAUUCUGCAAACAUCUCUUCAUCCCACAUGACCUCAGUUCCACCUGCAGUACCCAUCUGAAAGAACUGGCCAGCAGAAAUUUAUUCAAUGUCCUCAACAUUGAUGCAGACCAUGUGGCUGAAUAUACAAGAAGGUAUUUGCCACAGGAGUGGAAGCAGACGAGGACGGAGCAUGUUAUCUGGGACAACGACAACAGUCAGCAUCCACCGUUAGAAUGGUUCCAAGAAUUCUGGAAGUUUCUCAACACUCACUUCUAUGAGUUAAGUCCUUUCACUGAAAUACCUUUAAUACCAGUGAGUCCUCUGUCUGUCAGUCAGCCUGUACCAGUAGCCAAGCUACAACAGAACACAACCCUCAUUUUUCAGAGAAGCAAGCAGAUUAGUUUGCCAGACCAAAUAGUUCAGCUGGUGAAUAAAGUAGGUGGCACAGUGGUGAGAGGAAACGAGUGGCUCAGACAUGAAGACCUUGACUCUUAUGUGCUCUGCCCAUCUCCAAGGAGCGUCCUGAAGGUCCUCAUGAAUUUAAAUUCUCAGCGUCUCAUCACAGAACUCAAGAGCACAUCUCACAGAGCAGGACAAGAACUGAAAGAUUAUCUCUCUCAUUUGGAUUCUGUCUCAGGCAGAGAGAAAGAUUUACUCUUAAAGUUGCCCCUGUUUCACACCAUGGGAGGAAUCUGUGUUGCAGCUCAAUCAAAACAAGCUGUGCUUCUAAUUUCUGGCCUAACAGUGCCAACAGAGCUCCCCAUGCCUGACUCAGUUAUCCAGUGUGCAACUGAGGCUGAUCGCAGGUUAUUACAGCUGCUGAGUGUUAAUCUCUUGGACACAGCUGAAGCAGCCAAAGUCCUCAUUGACUGUAUUGAGAAAGGGGCUUGCAGCAAUGAAGACACUGUGAAUAUAAUGACUUGGAUUUUGCAGCAUGGUAACAUCCUUUUCUCUCAAAAUCAGUCCUUGAAAAACAAAUGUAAGAACUUGAGGUUCAUUGCAGUGAAUGGAGAGCUCAAAAAGACUGCAAGCUUUUUGGAUCCAAGAAUUCAAACUUUUAAAGUCCUCUUUGAGUCAGAUUUCUUCCCCCCACCUUUGUAUACUCAUACAUUGCAGAUGCUGGAAAGCCUAACAGAUCUUGGUUUGCUAAAUAGAGAAACUGAUAUAUCCCCUGAGCAUUUGCUGCAUGCUGCUGCACAGGUUGACCAACUGUGUGUGGACUCUCAAACUGAGGCUCUCAAAAGAGCUCAAGUUCUCUUGGAAAUGUUGGAUGCUAAUGAUCUACUGUCAAAGUUUUCUCAUGAACAGCUUCAUCAGCUCAAAAUGCUAAAGUGGAUCCCAUGUGAUCAGCCUGGUACUGACAAAUUCAGUGAUGAAUAUCAGAGUCCUUGUUUCUUUUGCCCAGAUGAAGUACGACAUUCUGCAUACGAGGACAUUGUUGGACAUGUAAUGCCACUGGUAAAGAUCAGUGACAGAGUUUGCAACAAGCUUGGUCUAAAACGCCUACCCCCUCCUGAAAAAGUGAUUCAGAAUUUGUCAGUCUUGGCAUCAGAAGCACAAAAAAUGGCUGAUCCUGAUACAAAUUUGGAUUUCAAAAGAAAGUUGCACAGCAUUUACAAACACAUGCAGGAAAACAUCUCUGUAUUCACAGCAGCGAUGGACAAGGAGACACCCUGGCUGUGGACUCACAACCAGUUUGUUUCACCACAGGACCUGGUUCUUGACUACCCAUGUAAUCUAGAUCUGAGUGCUUACAUUGGAAAAGUGCCAAAAGAAUUUUUGCCAUACAAGAAGUUACUCCAGAAGUUUGGCCUGAGAGCAUUUCUUUCAGAUGAGGACAUUUUUGGCAUUCUUCAUUCGAUCCAGCAGACCAUUGAAGCAAGGCAACAGCCAUUUGCAAGUUCCUCUGAGAUAAAAGCAUCAGUCGAAAUUCUGAACUGGCUGCGGAGAGAGCAGAAGCCAGUUCUGGAUGAUAUCCCAGUGCCAGUGAUCAUGGAGGGUGAACAGUUUACCCUUAAACCACGGUCAGCAGCAAUCUUCUGUGAUGUAAGCAGAAAUGGGCUGAAAGAACUUCAGCACAGUGAAGAGGAAAUGUAUGUCAUACAUGAAGAAAUUCCAAAAGCAACGGCAGAGUGGUUGAAAAUUCAAUUUCUCAGUACCUACAUUCUCAAUCCAGAGGAUGUAGGCACUGGAUAUGAAAUGGCAAUAGAGCAAUGUGGGCAAUCUGAACCAAUAACAAUGAGGAUCAAAAACAUUCUUAAAGAGUAUGAUGAAGACAGUGACAUCUUCAAAGAGCUCAUUCAAAAUGCAGAGGAUGCUGGAGCUGCGACCUGUAAAUUCUUGGUGGAUUUCAGAGUCCACAAAGAUGCCCCUGAAAGUCUUAUUGACCCCGAUAUGGCUCUUUGUCAGGGACCUUGUCUGUGGGCUUUUAAUGAUCAGCAGUUCACAGCUGAAGACUGGAAAAACAUUAUCAGAGUUGGGUCUGCCUCAAAGGAAAGCAAAGUGGAGAAAAUCGGAAAGUUUGGACUUGGAUUCAAUACGGUGUAUCACGUGACAGAUAUCCCCUCCAUCCUUAGUGGCAACCAUCUUCUCAUUCUUGAUCCGAAUGUAACUCACCUUACAAAGCACAUCAAAUACAAAACAAAUCCUGGAAUCAAGCUGAAUCUCUCUCUCAAGCGAGUUUUUCAUUGGUUUCCUGGUCAGUUUGGACCAUAUGAACGCAUUUUUGACUGUACUUUCACCAAACAAAGUCCUCCUAAACCCUAUCCAGGCACUCUGAUCAAACUACCUUUCCGAAGUGAAGAGGAGGCUCUCAAGUCAGAAAUCAGCACAAACGUGUAUCAAAAACACGACAUCAUUGCUUUCCAGCAGCACUUAACUAAGAAUUCACAAACUCACCUACUUUUUCUGAAGAACAUCAAUACAUUAUCUCUACAAAACAUGUCAAACAGUGCAUCAACUCCACCAAGAGAUGACGAAAUCGAAACCAUCCUAACCGUGUCCAAAACCACUGUGAGCACAAGGAGAAUUCCUGAUGAAAGCAGUGUGUCAAAACAGUGCCAGGCAGAGAAAUCACUGAUGAAACUUGAUCGUAAAUGCAAAGAGGUAAUUAACUGCCGCACAAUCAACUUUGUCCAGAUAACCAGUCAGCAGUCUGGUGUAAAUGAAGUCCACAGCUGGCUCCUGUACAACUGCUUUGGGACACAGCAGUCCUUGAAAAUGGCCCUUCAGGAAAACAAGCACGCCAAGUUCUCUUUGCCCAUCGGGGGGGUUGCUGUGCCUUUGCAAAAUGACCCAGAAACUGGAAAAUUGUCAGCAAUGCAAACAGAUCUUGUUGGACAGGCAUUUUGCUUCCUUCCUCUUCCCAUUCGAACAGGUCUUCCAGUUAAUAUAAAUGGAACAUUUGCUGUGACAAGCAACCGAAAAGGUCUGUGGGAAAAUGGAGUGAAAAAUGAGUGGAACAAAGCUCUUCUUCAGGAUCCGGUGGUGAAUGCCUAUAUUACUGCUCUCUUGGAAUUAAAGAAAAUGUUGGAAAACAAUCAGCUGGCGGCUUACUCUUACCACACCUUUUGGCCUGACAGGGAGAAAGUGAGUGAAACUUUCAAGCCUGUGGUGGAUGCGUUUUACUUGGCUGUUGCUCAGCCCUCCACUGGCCCAGAGCUGUUUAGUGAUGGAGAACGUUGGUGCUCAAUGAACAAUGCCAUAUUUUUACAUGAAAGCAUUGAAGAGGAGAAAGACAUCAGUGCACUUGCAGCACAGGUGUGCAAGAAAUAUGCAAAAGUACCCAACAAUGUUGUUCCUCUUCCACUGGGGUUGAGAAAUAGCUUCAAACAAGCUGGCCUUGAAAAGGUUCUACAAAACAGGACAUGGAACUGGGAGAAAUUUUAUCAAGAAGCAGUGUUCAAAAACCUCAGUACCAUGGACGCUAAGACUAGAGAUACUCUUGUGCUGCAUGCCAUUGACCUUCAUAUCAAAGAACUUGACAGUCUGCUGGUCUGCUAUCCAUGCAUACCCACAACAGACGGACAGCUCCAGUAUAUCAAGAAACUUGUGAAUCCGUCAGGGAGAGCAGCCUGUCUUUUUGAACCAGAAGAGGGACGCUUGCUUGGCGGUACCAAAAUGGACUUUUGUUCGCCAGAAAGGAUCAAACGCUUGUUGGAGCUUGGAAUGGCCAGUGAUUAUCUUCCAUUGGAAGACAUCAUAGAGAGAGCAGCCACAGUGACUCAGACCUGGAGUGUUGACAAAAAGAAAGCAUAUGUGUGUUUAAAGUGCCUUCUUGAACUUAUGAAGGAUCACAUGUACCAUGAAGACUCUGAUCACUGGGACACACUGAGGGUGACUGCAUUUCUCCCAGCAUAUUCCCCUGGGGAUACAAAAAUGAAAGGGAGUUUAACACUUAAAAGGCCUAUUGAUGUUUUCAGUGACAGUUGCUCCCUACUUGUUAACAUGACACAACCCGUGCUGGAUCAUACCAAUCUGAAAAUACACAACACUGAUCCAGUCCUAAAAACUUUGGGAGUUCGCAGCAGUCCAGAGCCACAGACAGUGCUUCAGCAGCUGCGAGAAGUAUGCAAAAAAUCAAAAUCAAUGGAUGCAUCUGUGCUUCACAAAAUAGCGUGUGAGUGCUACAAAUUUCUAAAUCAGUGGAUCGGUGACAAUGGGAAUGCCACCUUCAUUUCGCAGUCAGCGAAUUCAUUCCCGUUCAUCCUUGUUGGCAGCACAUUUGUAAAUGUCAAAUGUGUAGCUGAAAAUGAAGAGUUUGAAGCAAAGCCCUAUCUCCAUGUACUUCCAUCUGCCUUCUCUAAUUUCAGGGAUCUCUGGAAAAGUGUAGGUGUUCAAAAGAAAUUUACAGUUAAUCAGUUUCUAACUGUGCUCCAGGAACUACAUUCUCAACAUGGAAACAAGCCUCUGCCAAAGAGGGAUCUAUCCAUUUGUCACACAAUAUUAACCAAAGGGAUAUAUGAGGCCAAAGAGAAAACAUCAGGAGAUUGUCUGAUACCCAAUCAGCAUGGGGUUUUACAACCUGCAAGUGAGUUGAUGUACAAUGACAGCCCAUGGAUGCCAGUCGCUUCAAAUGUCACAUUAUGUCACGAGGCUAUCUCCCGUGCUAUGGCUCGUCACUUUGGAAUUGAAACAACCAGGCAUCAUACUCUGGAACACUACGUCAAUGACAACCUUUCACCAUAUGCUUUCCAUUUUGAACAGCAGGAACAACUAACUGUUCGAAUUAAAAACAUAAUUUCAGCUUAUCCAUCAAAGAAGGACAUUCUUAAGGAGCUAAUUCAAAAUGCUGAUGAUGCAGAGGCGACAGAGAUCCACUUCAUUUGGGACAAACGACAGCAUGGCAGAGAAAAGACAUUUGGGAAGAGAUGGAACAAUCUGCAGGGUCCAUCGCUGUGUGUGUUCAACGACAAAGUGUUUUCUGAUGCUGACCUGCGUGGCAUUCAGCAGCUGGGUGAAGGAGGAAAGCACGACUCCCCAGGGAAGAUAGGAAAAUAUGGAGUUGGUUUCAACUCUGUUUACCAUCUGACUGACUGCCCUUCGAUCCUAACUGGAGAUGAAAGACUUUGCAUUUUUGAUCCCAAUCAGAAAUACAUUGAGAAACAUUCAGACAAAUCACGGUAUGGCAUUGGCUAUAACCUUGCUGACGAAUUCAAGAAAAUGUACAUUGAUGUCUACAAGUCUUAUCUCCCAGACACCUUUUGUCUUGAAAAGGGCACCAUGUUCCGAUUACCUCUGAGGAUGGGUACCAAUGCAAACGGCUCCAACAUAUUGAAGCAAGAAGUCACUGACCAUGACAUGAGAGAACUGUGCUCUGCCCUGUCUGAAGACCCCGAAGGACUCAUUCUUUUUCUGAAGAACAUCUGCAAAAUUAAAGUCCAUGAAAUCAAUGAACCUUCAGGAAAACUUAAAACCAUCUUUGUGGUUGAAAAGAGUCUGGCAGAGACGAGCAGAGAAGAAAAAGAGACGUUUACAAAGCAACUGCAAAGUGCACUACAGUCUGACACUCCAGCAACACCACAGAAGAUUUUUUAUGAAACCUUGAUUUCCACCUCAGAUAAGGGACAAAGUAAAUGGAUCAUUGCAGAGCAGUUUGGCUCAUUCAAAGACAGUGUUGAAAUGAAACUCUCAGACAAACUUCCCCAAGCAGCAAUAGCUGCAUAUGUGAGCACAAAGACCUCACGCUCAUUACCACCCAGGUACAUGGACUUUAAAGGAGCAAGCUUUUGUUCACUUCCCUUGCCAGGGAGAACUGGACUGCCUGUACAUGUCAAUGGAAACUUUGAGGUAGAUUCAGCUAGGAGAGGCCUUUGGAGGGAAGAUGGUCAAAGUGUGAAAGCAAACUGGAAUGAGUCUUUGAAACAGGACAUCAUUGCUCCACUCUAUGCAGAUCUCCUACAUUACAUCAGCCGUUGCACUGCAGUCAAGAAAGUGCCUUUUGCAAAUGUUGAAUUUUGUUUAAGUCCCUACUUGCGUUUUUGGCCAGUUGUGACAGACGAUGUUGGUCCAGAGUGGCACGAAAUGAUACACGAGAUAUACAGAUCAGUUAAAGACAAAUGCCUUGAUGUGAUCCCAGUACUGAGGACAUCAACACGUGAAACUGCAGGACGAGAAAUUAAAGAGUUCUCUUUUGACUGGUGUACCGUCAGUGAACCUGAAUCAACUGAGGCACCGUACCUGACACACUCAAAAAGUGACAAGAUUAAUCCCAUUCUGGAAGAUCUUGGAAUGAAACUGGUUCCUUUUUCCACAAACAUGUUCAAGAUUUGGAAGAGUUUUAAGUCUGCUGGCAUCAAAGUGAAAGAUGUCAGUGCCAGCAGUGUGCGGACUUUUCUAAGAGACAAACCACUGAAUGAUCCAAUCCAAACAGAUGAAGAUUUGCCGUUGCCCAUAACUGCCACUCUGAUCAGAGAUGAAACAAGGUGUUCUGAGCUCUUGAGCUUUUGCUUAGAAGAUUCCAGUUUGCAAAAGGACACUAAGGACAUUUCCAGUUCAUUCGAUGGGCUUCCACUCCUUCUCACAAGAGAUAAAGUUUUGAGAGUGUUUGACUCUCAAUCUCCCAAAUGGAUAUCAAGAUAUGAAGGUCUUUUCGUUGGCUACGAGGACCAAUUUGCAGACUGUAAGACAAACUCUGAACACAUUGAACUUCUAGGAACUUUUAACCUUGUCAAAACGUUGACAGUUGAUUGCGCAGUGAAAUAUUUGAAGCCGUUGAUCCAGCAACUUCUUCAGACCUGUGACACUGAUCCAAACAGUGGUCUUCAUAUCCCAAAUGAGACAAUGUUGAAGUGGCUGAAAUUGCUUUGGAGGUUCUUAACAAGUCAAAUCCAACUUGCAGCGUUUAGUGAUGGUGAGCAAAGUCUGACAUUAAGCCAUGUGAGGAACCUGUUCAGUGACUGCUGCAUUGUACCUGUUGUGUGUCCAAGGCUGAACAACAAGCACCUGCUGCAAACAAUGAAGGGCAUGUCUAGCGUGAUUCAGAACACCUUAGAAAAAGACAUAUCAAACAUCCUCCUAAAACUUGGUUUUAUGGAGCUUGAUAUCGUCUUCUUCUCUAAAGUAGACCGACUGGCACCUUCACUUCUAAACCCAGAACUCUUGGAUGUGAGAGACAAAAGCUCAGUGUUGGACCAGGUCUAUCAUCUGAACCACUCAGAGUUUUCCAAGCUUUCAGGUGAGGAGAUGAGUAAGUUUCAAAACUUCCUGCAAUCUGGAGUAUCCAACGCCAAAGACAGUCAAGAGUACAAGAGGAAGCUGAAAUCCUUACCGAUCUUUGAAACAACACACGGUGGUCGAGUAAGGAUUGAUGGACCAAAACAGGUAUUUGUGCUCAAGUGCAUGUAUUCAGAGACAUUUCCAGAUCUGUUUACCUUGCCUGACAGCAACAGUAUUUUUCUCAGCAACAACCCAGAGAACUGCACUCUGCCACAAAUACUGAAAAUUCCAAUUCUGAAUGAUCUGGAGUAUUUCAUGAAGUUCAUUCUGCCCACCGUACACAAACUCACAGAAAAGCAGAUUCUUCACUGUCUCAGACUGAUGCUGUCACUACAACAUCAAUUGAAUUUUUCUGAGUGCAGGGACAUAAUCAUCUCUAAAAUGAAGGAAGUGAGAUUGAUUCGCAGUUCUCAAGGUAGACUGGAGCCCGCAUCAUACUACUUUGAUGACAGCAUUGAGCUUUACAAGAGAAUGCUGCCCCAGGAGAGGUUUAUACCAGAGAGAUUUUGGACUGAGCUGAGUGGAGAAGUUCAGUAUUUAAUGAAACCAGCUAAAGACCUGGUCAGAGAACUUGGAAUGAGGCAUGUUGUGUCAGAAGAUGACAUAAUAAAUUUUGCACAUCAGUUGGAGUCAGAAGCAAAAGGAAACAGCAGGCUUGAAGAUCUGCGGCGAAAAUCAUCAUUAAUUCUCCGAGAAGCCUUGAACAAAGUGAGUCGUCAAAGUGACAAAAACAAAGAGGAGAAGUUGUUACAGAGAAUAGCUGACAUCAAGUUCAUUUUUCCAGUGAUGAUUCGAAAAGAACUGUGCAACUAUCACCAACCAUUUGCUGCAGAGGGAACAACUGUUAACAUCAGAGGGUCUCUGAUUGAAAGUGAUCCGAAGCAUCAAGAGCUAAUUUGGUCCUCAAUGCCAAUUAUUGAUUUGCCAGUAAGUAAGUCACAAAAGCUGCUGCAAAUGAUGGAAAAUGUAGGAGCCCAUGAAAAACCACCUCCAAGCUCUGUAGUCCUCAACAUGAGGAACAUUUGUCAGUCGCCAUGUAAAACUGGUCCAUUGAUCAAAACCCGUGCAAAUGUGUUUCGAAGUGCAUAUGCCUACCUGCAAGCAAAUGGGUUUGAUGGACGGCCACUGACUGGCCUGCCUGUUGUGCUGGUGGAGAAAGACACAGAACUUUUCAAAGCUGAUGACGUAUGUCUUUCACUUCCCCAUGAUCUUGAGUUCAGACCAUAUUUGUACAAAAUUCCUCCGGAAUAUGCCCUGUUCGAAAAGUUCUUCAGAAAAAUUGGUGUGAAGAGUGAACCUACUGCAGCACACUACUGUAAUGUUCUGGCAGCAGUUUAUGCUGAUUCCUGUGAGAAAUCACAGCUCCAUGCAGGUCAACAGAAAACUGUGAAACGAGCUGUUGAGCAGUUGUUUCAGUGCAUCAAAACUCAAGGAAUCCAGACACUUGUUGACAGUGUUCAGACUUUAUAUCUGCCUGCAGUAGAUGGUAAAUUACACCUAUCACACACACUCUACUACAAUGACACAGUGUUUGAGAUCAGAAGGUUAGAAGAAGCACUUGAGAAUAAGUUCCUGUUACUUGAGAAACUCGAUAAAUGUCAUUUGGGAACGGACGUCUAUGAGCACCAUGAGCUGCUGAAACUGCUGCCUCAGUCAUUCCAGCCUAAAAUGCUGUCUCUGGUCACUCAGGAAAGAAUAGUGGAAUUACACAUGCAGCUGUGUGAGCUUGGGACUGGUUGUGAAUUUAGGGGAUGGUUUGAUAGACAUCUCUCCUCAAGAGCCUUUAGACAUGGACUGAUUUGCCUCAUCAGAGAGCAGUCUCAGGGCAAAGUAUCGCAACCAGAAGCUACUGCCAUGUGUGAGAAGACUUUUGGCGGAAUUCAGAUUAUCUGCUGCAAAACCCUUGAAACAACACUAUGGCUGGAUAAUCAGCCACUACAGAAAACUGCCAGCGAGACAGAGGUUUUUGUCCACCGAGAGCAACAAGGGUGCAUCUUUUACCUAAAACACAAUGAUGACAUGGCCCCUAAGGUGUUGAAUGAAGUAAAUAUGACAUUGACAAAGGAGAUUAAUUCUCUCUUAGGCAACAGGAUUGCAUCACAUCACCUUCCAGUGCUCGGACAAUUUCUUAUGUGCGAUAAUAUCGAAGAUGUUCAGAAAGCUCUGGCGAAGAAUGGGAUCCGUGACACUGCUGAAAGUGAGGGCUUCCCUCACGAUCCACCGGUCCCUGGGACAGAGAUUCCACAGGACUGGCAUGAUUCACUGGACAUGAACAUCCUCAACAACUUUGAAGAGGGGGAAUAUGUCGGCUACAGCACUGACAGCAACAACGACAAGUACAUUUAUGCAGUAAUUGUUGAAGUACUUUCUGGGCAAUUGGGACAUUUGUCACAGAGAUACAAAAUAGAUAUUGGAGAAGAUGAGCCAGUUGAAGUCAGUUAUCUUGACAUUUACCAGUUUAAAAGAGAAGAGAAACGAAAAGGGAAAAGAGUAAAACCAGAGUGUAUGGAGCUGGAGCUACUAGAGGGAGCAGUUCCACAUUCUUCCCAACGAUCAACAAGUUCCUUACCUGGCUCUCUUGAAGAAGCAAAAAGGGAAAUUGACAAAUAUUUGGCAGAGAUCUGGCCUCUUCCUGAGGAGGAGAGGAAGAAAGCCAUCAGACGACUGUACCUGAGAUGGCAUCCUGACAAAAAUCCUGACUGUAAACCUCUCGCCAAUGAGGCAUUCAAGUAUUUGCUGAAUCGCAUUGAGGAGCUCAGCACUGGCAAAAGCAAAGGCACAUCUUCAGGUUCGUCCUACUCAAGUGGAUUCUCAAAUUUCAGAAACUUCUACCCGCAAUGGAAUGAGGAGGCCAGGCAUCACAGAAAAGGCCGAGAGAGAUUCUUUAGAGGCCAUCAUUCCUACAACUUUUGGACCUACAAUGAAAACAUCCCAAGGCCCAACAGAGAGGAGGCCGAGCGCUGGUGUAGACAGGCUCGCUGUGAUCUCGAUGCAGCUUACAAAGAGACUGGCAAGGGGAGUACAGAGUGGUGUCUGUUCAAAGUCCAUCAAGCAGUGGAAAAAUCUCUCAUAGCUGCAGAGUAUAAACGAAAAGGUCAACACCCCAACAGUGGAUCAAUAGAAGCCUUGGCCAAUCAAGUCUCCCAUUACAGCCCACUACUGAGAGACCUGCCUCAGAUAGUGAAAAAACUGAAGACUCUGGGAGUAGACCCCAAGAAGACCCAAUAUCCCAACCAUCAUCCAUAUCCUCACAUUCCAAAUGGACGGUUCAGAUCGGAGAAUGAGAUGUUGGCGCUGAACGAGGCAUCUGAGCUGCUCCGUAAAGUAGAGGAAUAUGUGAAUUAGGGAUCAAAGACAGACAGACAUGUCAUAAGUUGUGGUAAUAUUUUUCGACAUGUUAAAAUGCUGAUUUCCAGAAUUACUGUUAAGAAAACAGUAAUUUUCACUGAACCAACAUGAGCACAAUGUUAGUUCUAAAAUGAAACUAUGAUUUUUGUUAUGAGAAUGUGCUUUUUUUUGUUUAUUGUUGCAUACAUUUAUGACUUUUCACAGAGGACCAGUUUUAUCACUGUAUGAUUUUUUUUCAUUUGUUACAAUUUACAACUUCUUACAGACAAUAAUCUACUAAUAUCAAUGUAAUCAGUGUAUGGCUUUGUUAUAAAAAUGCAAAUACCAAAUAUUAUUUUUCUGCUAUGAUGUAAACAUUUAUGACUACUCACUGAGGACCAGUAUGGUCACUGUAAUACUUUGUUAUAAUUUGUUAUGGUUCAUAAAAGCUGCUGAAUCACCAAAUAAUUACUGUAUGACUGUGAUGAAGAUGGAAAUAUCAAGGAUUCUUUUGCUGUUGUAAACAGGUAGGACUACCUGAGGAACAAGAAAAUAUUGUUUGAAGUUUUUAUAGUUGUUGUUUGUUUCACAAUGUUGUAAGCAUUUGUAACUGUUUACAGAGAGCCAGUAUAGUCUAUGGAUAAGUUUAUUAUGAAGGUGCAGUUGCAAAAAAAAAAAAAAAAUUGUGGGAUUUUGUCACCUUUAAUUCAUUGUUUUUCUCAUUACUUUUUACUCUUGAAAAUUAAAAAAAGAAAGAAAAUAAAGGUUGAAACAGCAAUUCUUGUGUUGUUUUUUUUAAUAUAGCAAGAUGUGUUCAGGUAUGGGUAGUAGGUCCGUGUAUUUAUCUGGCAAUUGGAUAUUCUGUUCUGAAAGGGGUAUUGAAAAACAAAACGAGUGGUUAUUUGAUCUUCGUUUUAAAAUACAAAAAUUAAAAUUGAAAUACAAGGCAUUUUUCCUUUUCAUGAUCAAAAAGGGAUGUACGAAAUUUUAAAAAUGCUUUGAUUUUCAUUUUAUAUUUAGAAUAACAAAAAAAUAAAAUCAGUCAGAGACAGAAACGAAAAAAGGUCAGUUUUUUUCAUUUUCUGAGACCGGAAGUGGUCAUCAGCAAGUGUGGAGCCAAACGACAACAAGAUUCUCAGAGGGCGGAGCCAGAAAACAGUUAUUGGUCAGACCAUAGAUAAUAUAGAAGAGCGCGCUAGCAUAUCUGAGUCUUCUAUGUAUAUCUAUGGUCGGCACGUCUGGUAGCAUCUCUGGCUGCUGUUGACCUUGUUUUUGGAGUAAAACACGGUAAGAAAAUAAAUACUUAUAACCUGUAGCGUUGUUUUGUUGUACGUUAAGUCAGCGACUUGUGAACAGUUGUGUUUUGUCGUGUUUGAGCAGUUGGUCCGGACGCGUUAGCUAGCUAAGCGGCUAAGUUAGCUAGCGGGCUAAUUAACACAGGUGGCUAACUUACUGCUGAACACCUGUGUUAGUUGCUGCCGCAGCUGUCCUCAUUAUUAGAAUCACCUUCUCAACCUGUAUUUUUCUGCUGUGUAUUUUAGCUUUAAAAAAAGUUAUUUUACUUUAAGGUUAACUGAAACCCAUUUAGCUGCACUUAAGUUUAACAUUCAGCUGGUUUGAAUUACACCGCCCUUAACUUAACAUUGCGCAACAUUACCUCUCUGAAUCUCCAUAAUUUCAUUAAAUUCCUUCUCUCUUCCACUGCUCAAGUUCAAUCCAGUAUAUAAAAUGAUAUUAAUAGUGAAUAAACUAACAACCAGCCAUUGUAUUUAUUUAUUACUGCAUGUAUUUGUAGUAAAACAUGAGUUGAAACAUCCUACUUUUGGAUCUAGAACUGCACAAGCCGUUCAUUUUCAGUCACCUGAUGAGUUAAACUCCCCUUUUUAUGUGAGGUUGAAGCAGAAAGUCUGAGUUAACAAAGAAAAUUGUUUAUAAUUUGCGAUACCUGUUAUCUCUCACUGAGGCUUUAGUUUUUGUUGAGCCGAUUUACACGUAGAAACUUUGUUCAGGAAGAUUUCUAAGUAGCUCAGAGGACAGGCUGCUUUUUACACAACCUUGUAAGAGAAUGUCUGUCAAUGCUUUCAGCAGAAUUUAGAAACACAACACUUCCUAAACAGAUAUUUUGAGGCUGUGAGGUUGGAACGUUUGAGAGUAUAUCAGUGUGUUUGUUUGUGGUCUUUCUGUUUCUAGGUGGAAGCUGAAUUAGUGAGGAUGACUCCUGCUCCUGUCAUCUCUAAGCUCUUCACACAUCUUUACCUGCACAUGAGGAAAAUCACUCCUGUAGAAUGCAGAUGUUCAGAGGGAGAUGAUGCCACAUCUGGUCCAGCUGAUGGAAGGUCUUGAAGUUCUCUGACUGGCCUCGACUGAAGAUGGUCGUCUCACUGGAUUUAAGGUUCAGAUGCUCAGUAACAAACUCCACCAAUGUGCCAACAGGGAAGCUUUAGGUUUAUUAAAUGUUGCUAUGAA